AGGUCACAUUGUAGUUGUCCAUUCAUGAGCGGUUCAACGUAAGUUUGCCAUGCUGAAGUUUGAUUCUCUCACGUACUUUGCCUGUUGCCCCAUUGCUUCUAGCAUGCGGACUGCAAUGCAAUGCAUUCACUCAAAGCAUUCGCCCAAUCAACUCUUGGGGAGCUAAAGGAUGCACUUGUGGAUGCAGUUGGGGAUGAUGACGAGGAGGAGGAGGAGCCGCAAGCGCCUGAGCUCAUGCCAGUUCCCCCACGAGAACCUCAGCUUGGGCCUCCACAGACAGAGACAUCCACCAAAGAUGAGUCUGCAAAGAUGGAGUUCCAGGCUGUCCAACAAAGCCCUUUGUUGGACAAGGUCUUGAGCAAACUAAACAUCAAUGCAGAGAAAAGUGAGAAAUGGCAGUCCCAGUUGUCUGUGCCAGACAUUGCAACCUUGUCAUGCUGGACGUUGAGACAGCUUUUGCCAUUGGUGACGGCACUAGACACGAAUGGCACACCGAGUGAGACUCAGCGGCUUUUGACAUCGUUCAGUGAUCGAUACGAGACGCUUUUGAGUGAACAUGCUGCUUUGCAGGGCAAAGCUCGUGAGUUAUCGGGUGCCAAUGCAGCAUUAGCACAGUCAGCUCAACAAGCUUCAUCUUGGAAAAGCGCUCAUGGAGCUGCAAUUGCACGCUUGGAGGAGCUGUCUUCGGAAAAUGCCGAAUUGAAAGAGAGGAUUAAGGCAUUGAGACACCAAGGCCUUGACUUGGAACAACACCAGGAGCUCUUGCAGAAGCUGGCGCAGAAGGACGCAGAGCUUCUUGCCUCAACGCAAGCCAUGGAGAGGCUUCAGGAAGUGGUAGAUGAUCAGAGCACAUUGAUGACCAAGUGUGUGCAGUUAGAACAUGACUUGGAAGCAGCCAAGGCGGCCAAGGUGCAAGCUGUGUCGCUGGAAGGUGCUUCACCUGCACAAGCACCAGGUGACAGAGAGAAGGAGGAGACCCAGCGCUAUGAGCAUUUGCUUGUCAGAUGCCAGAAUGCAGAAAGGGAGCUGAGUGAAACAAAUGCGGCCCUUGAAAUCCUGCUGGAAGAAAAGUCAAAGAGACUUGAAGACCAGGAGCAUUUGGUGGACCGGAGGCUUGUCACAUCCAUGCUGGCCCUUUAUCAUGAUCAUGUUUCUUCAGGACAGAGAGGUUUGGCUGACUUGGUAUUGACGCAAGUACUCCACAUUUUAGGUGGGGCCCCUGAAGAGACACAGAGAAGCCAGGUCAAGGCUGCAGCCGCCGCAGCUGAAGCACGUUUAGCCGAACCUUUGAGCAAUGCUUUCCUAGAUUUUCUGGAGAAAGAGACCAAGGAGUCACACAAGGAGGCAGUGCAUGCGGACGUGGCACAGCCCUCGCAGCUUCCACCAUCAGUGCCUCCUGGGGUGCCACUUCCACUACAAAAGUAGGCCCUAUCAAGAUCGUUUCAUUUCUUUGCGUCUCACGUGAAGGAGUGUGUGCAACUUCAGUGGCCCCCGCUCGCGAAGCAA